UUUUCUUUUCGAGGUUGACCGGGGUUUGUGAUUUAUGUUUUAGUGAGACCAUUAAUUGUUCCUCUGAUGUGAAAAUGUGUGUCACAUUUAAAAACUGCGGAUUUCGUGCAAUUUACCAUGCACGUCUGUAGAAUAAGAAGGAAUAUAGUUUGUUAUAUUGUUCUUGUGCUAUUAUUAUUUUGCUUUGUGUUUAUUUUACUAAGAAGAGCCAAAAGGGAGGAAAGUUUUCUGGAGCAGAAAGAGAUUGUAAUUGAAAAUGAAAAAUGUCAGCUACCAUCUAAAGUAGAAUUAAAUAAUCUGCCUCACUCCAAACUAGCAUCAUUAUACCAUGAAUACAUUUCAAGCUUACAGUUCGGAUGUGACAAUAUCAUACGACUAGGAGAGGAAGCCGAUGGUGGUUGGGAUAUAUGUGAUGAUACUCUCUACAGACCAAGUACCAAGUGCCUUGUUUAUUCCUUUGGAAUAGAUUUUGAUUUUAGCUUUGACGAUGCCAUAGCAAAGAAGUAUGGAUGUGAGCUGCACUCGUUUGACCCAAGUAUGAAGGUAAAAGAGGGUCUAAGGAAACACAAUGUCUGGUUCCAUCCAUAUGCUAUAGGACCAAAUACACGGAUACAACGUGGAACUCAUUGGCCGAUGUUUACACUAAAAGAUUUAAAGAUAAAAAUGAACCAUCAAAAUAGACCAUUGACUGCUGUAAAACUUGACGUAGAAGAAUGGGAAAUGUUAGCUUUGCCGAACAUGAUAUCAGAUGGUACACUGAAGUCAGUCAAGCAGCUUCUGAUAGAAUUUCAUAUUACAAUGCGACCAGAACCUGAUAAACAAAGAUAUAUCCGGGGACUAAACAUAUUGAUAGAUUUGUAUGAACAAGGAUUUAGAAUAUUUUGGACCAAGAGAAAUCUAUUUUGUAGAUUUACCUCCCUUGAAGAAGAUAUAGAGAGAACAGGAUGUCACGAACUAUCAUUUGUAAAUAUCAAUACUGUAUCAGCUGUUUAUUAAAGAAGGGUGUUGUUAUAUGACAAAAUUAUCACGCUAAUUUAAAGAGUUGACAAGAAAGAAGCCGAAACGAAUCUCGUUGGAUAUCGUGUUUAUUCCUGAAAUUGAUAUAUAUAUAUAAUUUAAUCAAACCACAAUACCAGAUAUACUCACUAGGAUUAUUCGAGAAAAAAAUUUAUGGAUUACUCUAACAAUGUGUUUAUAAAGGUUCUGAAAUGGCUGAAGUGACUCUUCGGCAAUGGAAUAUUGUAUGAAUUGAAAUUGAAAAUAUGUUUGUUAUAAUUAUAAUAUUUAAGUAAAGGGCUUAAACUUAUGAGAAAAAAUAUCAGGUAAUCGUUCAUCUAAAUCUAUCAGUCUGCUCAAAAUCGGUUGAAAAUAAUAAUUAUUUCUUUACAUUUAAAAACAGGAAAAACAACGGUGUUGACAUAUUGAAAUCGAAUACUUAUGUGCAAGUUUGAACAAAAUUAUACUUAAUUUAUUUCAAAUGUUCCUUAUAGAAUGUUCGAAAAUCAGUAAAGUGUAUGAGACAUUCAAAAUAAAAUUGAAAUAAUAGUCAAAAUUUAUUCGUCCUUGAUAUCAAACCAAAAUCAAUUUGACAAAUGUCUGCUGACGACUAUUUUUUUUAUCAUCAAUUCCAUACUCUACCAUGCGAAACAUGAUAGCGCACAUAUAUCUGUAUAUUAUCAAAUCUGUUCUACUUCAGGAAUUGAUUUCCUUUGCUGUGUUCGACAAAACCUUUCGGAAUUUUCGACCAUCAAAGCACUGAACGUCGUCCUUAUUUGGCAUUUAACUUUUCAGAUUUGAGCAUCACUAAUGGGUCUUUUGUAGACGAAACGCGCGUCUGACGUACACAUGUUAAUCCUGGCAUCUAUGAUGAGUACUUUUUUACUUCAAUUAGUUAUAUAAAACCCAUAAAAUAAUGAUUAUUAUACAUAUAAAUCUGCCCUGGACAUAUUGAAAUAAUAUACAGUUCUCUGCAUCUUUCAUUGAUUACGGUAUUUGUUAAAUAUAUUAAAACCAUCUUUUGUA